AUGGUAUUAAUAUAUUUAUUUAUAUUUUAUCUUAUUUGCCAUUCCUCAUCUGGAAGUCAUUUUCUUAGUAAUGGUAUUACUGCUAAUCCAGUGAUAACAUGUGCAAGUAAUGAAAUAAUAUUUUUUGUCAAUACAACAUACCCAUUUUAUGGUAAAAUUUUUGUUAAAGGAUACUCAACAGAUUCUAAUUGUUACAUAUCUGGUAAAUCAACUAAUUCAUUAAAAAUAAAUUUAAAUUUUGAAUCAUGUGGUUUAAGAAGAAGUAGGGAGAUUAAUGGAUUAUCAGUAACAACAACAAUAAUUGUAUCAUUUCAUCCAAUGUUUAUAACAAAAAUUGAUCGUGCCUUUAAAGUUAAUUGUUUUUAUACAGAACCUAUUAAAAGAGUUGCCCAAAAAUUGAAUGUUUCUGAUGUACCAAUAGAAUCAUUAAAAGUUAAUGCACCUCUACCAACAUGUAAAUAUGAAAUAUUAGAUGGAAGUAGUGAUGGUAAACCUAUACGUUUUGUUAAAAUUGGUGAUAUUGUUUACCAUAAAUGGUCUUGUACAUUUGAUGAAUUAAUUAAUGAACCUCCAAGAUACUGUAUAUUGGUACAUAGUUGUUUGGUUAAUGAUGGACAGGGUGGAGAUGAUAUAACUGUAAUUGAUAAAAGAGGUUGUGAAAUUGAUGGAUAUAUAUUAAAAAAAAUUAAUUAUGUUAAUGAUAUGGAAGCUGGUCAGACAUCAAAUGUUUUUAAAUUUGCUGAUAAAAAUAGUUUAGUAUUUAAUUGUCAAAUAUCAUUAACUGUUCGAGAUCAAAUGAAUGGAUGUUCUGGAACUCAACCUAUUUGUGUUACAUCAACUGCUAUACCAAAUAAAGGGAUACCUUCUAUAUAUAGUAUAUCUUCAACAAAUUAUGAAAUGUUACAAAAUUAUCCUACAGCAGAUGAUAAUAAUAAAAAUGAAUUACAAAUUAAUCAUGUUGGAAUUCCAUCAUUAUCAAAUUAUAAUAAUAAUAGUAAUAAUACAUAUAAAACUAAUUCAUUUAAUAAUAAUGUUAUUGAAGUACCACCUAGUGUUUAUGUUGGUGAGGAAGAAUCUGAUGAUAAUAAUGAAUAUAUUGUUCUUAAUGGAGUUAAAACUAUAUUUAAUAAUAUAACAACACGCCAACAAAAUGGUUUAAGACAUGUACGUAAAAUAAGAAAAAUUGCUGAUUUUGAUUUACCAGAACAAACAUUGAUUGUUCUUGGUAUUGAGGAUACUCUCUCACCCAUUCCUUAUACAUCAAGUAAGUUCUAA